AUGGUUGUUCCUAGCGAUUCGAUUGUGACACGGUCGGUGUGGUCCUAUAAUCUUGAGCAGGAGUUCGAGUUAAUUCGUUCCGUCAUUGACUCCUAUCCGAUCAUUUCUAUGGACACUGAAUUUCCUGGUGUUGUCUUUCACUCUCAUUCUGAUUUUCGUCAACCGCAUAAUAACUACGCCGUACUAAAAGCUAACGUGGACUGCUUGCAUUUGAUCCAAGUAGGUCUCACCCUGUCCGACAGUGAGGGCAACCUUCCAAGCUUUGAAUCCUCCCAUCACUUCAUCUGGGAAUUCAAUUUUCGUGAGUUUAACCUUGAACGUGAUCCUCACGCGCCUGACUCCAUUGCACUCCUCCAACGUCAAGGUAUCAAUUUUAAAAAGAAUCGCAUAUUUGGAGUAGACAUUAUGCGGUUUGUGGAGCUCUUGAUGUUUUCAGGAAUGGUUUGUAACAAUGAUGUCCAAUGGAUCACUUUUCAUGGUGGUUAUGACUUUGGAUAUCUUGUGAAGGCAUUGAGUCAACGAUUUUUUCCUAUGCAACCAAUGUUGCCUUCUAAUUUGUCCCACUUCUUACAAUUGGUUAGAUUUUUCUUUGGAGGGGAAGUAUGUGAUGUUAAAUACCUCAUUAAGUUUUGUCCCAAUCUUUAUGGUGGCUUAGAUCGAGUUUGUGAGUCCCUCCAUUUAGAUCGUGUAGUUGGAAAAAGCCAUCAAGCAGGGUCUGAUAGUUUACUCACUCUCCAUAUCUUCAAUAAGAUUAAGAAUAUUUAUUUUCAUCAAAAAAGUCAUUCUGACAUUGUUAAGUACAAGGGUGUUGUGUAUGGUCUAGAGGAAGCAUGA